AUGUGUGGGGAAAACAGCUCCAGCCUGACCCCGGGAUUCUUUAUCUUGAAUGGGAUUCCUGGGCUGGAAGCUGCACACACCUGGAUCUCCCUGCCAUUCUGCUUCAUGUACAUCAUCGCUGUCGUGGGGAACUGCGGGCUCAUCUACCUAAUCAGCCAUGAGGAUGCUCUGCACCGGCCCAUGUACUACUUCCUGGCCCUGCUCUCCUUCACAGAUGUCACCCUGUGCACCACCACUGUACCCAAUAUGCUGUGCAUAUUCUGGUUCAACCUCAAGGAGAUUGACUUUGAUGCCUGCCUGGCUCAGAUGUUUUUCGUCCACAUGCUGACUGGGAUGGAGUCUGGGGUGCUCAUGCUCAUGGCCCUGGACCGCUAUGUGGCCAUCUGCUACCCCUUACGUUAUUCCAUCAUCGUCACCAACCCUGUCAUCGCCAAGACCGGUCUUGCCACCUUCCUGAGGGGUGUGCUGCUCAUUAUCCCAUUCACUUUCCUCACCAAGCGUCUGCCCUAUUGCCGGGGCAACUUCAUUCCCCAUACCUACUGUGAUCAUAUGUCUGUGGCUAAGGUGUCCUGUGGCAAUUUCAAGGUCAAUGCUGUCUAUGGUCUGAUGGUUGCUCUCCUUAUUGGUGUGUUUGACAUCUGCUGUAUUUCUGUGUCUUACACUAUGAUAUUGAGAGCGGUAGUGAGCCUGUCAUCUGCAGAUGCUCGUCACAAAGCCUUUAGCACCUGUACAUCCCACAUAUGUGCCAUUGUGAUCACUUAUGUUCCAGCUUUUUUCACUUUUUUUGCCCACCGUUUUGGAGGACACAAUAUCCCCCACCACAUUCACAUCAUUGUAGCCAACCUUUACCUGCUCCUACCUCCUACAAUGAACCCUAUUGUUUAUGGAGUCAAGACCAAGCAGAUCCGAGAAGGUGUGUUCAAGUUUUUACUUGGAGACAAGGUUGUCUUUACUCAAGACAAAUGA